AUGGUAGAUACGAUUCAGAAAACAAAAUAUUGGCUAUUAAAUGAUGGACAAUUCAAAAGUCGAAUAGUUAUUAAUUGUGCUGGAUUAUAUGGUGAUUAUGUUGAAAAAAUUUGUAUUGAUCAACAAGGUUUUUCAAGAUCAAAAUUUGUUAUACAACCACGCAUUGGACAAUUUUUAGGUUAUUCAUUAUCUACAUCAGAAUUGCCUAUUAAGUCCAUCAUGUUACCAUUACUAACAAAAUUUACUAAAAUUAUAAUUAUAUAUCUAAAUUUAUUAAAUAAAAUUAUUAUCGAAUUAACAGGUGAACCACAAAUUCAUCGAUCUAAAGCACCAAUUAGAUCUGAAAUAAAUAAUAAACUAUAUAGUAAAAUAACUGAAUUGAUACCAACAUUUUCAGAGUUGAAUUAUGAACAUGUUAGAUUGUACACAGGAAUACGACCAGUUACGGAAUAUUCUGAUUAUCAAAUAGAAUCAUAUAAUGAUUUACAAUUGAUAUGUUCUGGUGGAAUAUGUUCAACAGGAUUAUCAUCAUCCUUAGCUAUAGGAGGAAUAUAUUUGUAA